AUAGAAUUACCCGAUUUGAAAUGAGGGCCACUGCUUCAGAAGAGAAGAUUUGAAAAAGCAGUGGAGAGGAUUUGAAAGGCACCACCAUCAAGAAAUGGGCUGAUUUCUUUGAAUUCUGUGUUGAAACUGGAAAAAAGGUUCUGUUCGAGACUCCCUAAAUUGUGUGAUCAAAUUAUUAAGAAAUCUUAAUCUUUUUUCUGAAACCGCAUGUGAUAAAACCACCCCUCCCAUCCCAAUCCAUCCCAAAAUGAAGCCAGAUUUAUUCAAAAAUCUUUUACCAGAAAUCAUCACCGAGAUCUUGUUAAGAUUGCCUGUUGUAAGCAUUCCAAUAAGCAAAUGUGUUUGCAAGCGAUGGCUCCAUCUGCUGGAUUCUGAUGCUUUUGUUAAGUCUCAUUUUGCCAGAUCCGCCCCCGCCCUAGCUGUUUUGGGGUAUUCAGGUCGGUUGAAAGUUUUGGAAUUGGAAGGCGAGCUCAAUCUCCAUCUCCAUCUCCAUCUCGAUCCACUCACCCAGUAUGAUUUCCCUUACCACCCAACAAAAAUAUAUAGUUCUGUUAAUGGUUUUCUUGUUCUAAGCAAGAAGGGUUAUGACUCUCUAAGGGCGCGUGUUGAUGUUGAUAUGCUUUGUGUAUGUAAUCCAAUCACUCGUGAAGUUAUUAAGCUGGAUCUGCGGGAUCUGUCUUCAGAAGAAGUAUCUGCUUAUGGAUUUGGCACAAGCAAAAUCAGUGGCCGAUACAAGGCGGAUCUUGGCGACGCCUUGAAGGUAUUCCGUAUGUGCACCUGUAUGGUGAAGGUGCAUUUGUUAAUGGAAAUCUGCAUUGGACAACAACCAUUGGAGGAGAAGCGUCAUGGAUUUCUUGCUUUGAUGUUGAAACAGAAUGUUUUAGCUUCUUUAAAGCUCCUCCUUAUCAUGCUCAUGGAUUGCCCAUCAUUAGAGUAAGGUCCUUGUCUGCUGUGAGCGGUUGCCUAUGGUUUUGCAAGGAAGCAUCCGAAUAUGAAGGUGAUACUGGGCGAUGUGAGCUCACUAUAUGGAUUAUGAAGGAAUAUGGAGUGGACGAAUCUUGGAGCUUGGCAUAUGUGAUCCCUCUUGUUGAUAAUACCAUGUGGCUUGUUGAUCCCAUCAAAGUUUCCGAAAAUGGCGACCUAGUUAUGUUAGUGUCGGUAUGCUUAACCAGAUAUCUUUUCUACUACUCUAACAAGAAUAAGACUAUGCAAAGGAUUGAUUUGUUUGGUGCAGGGAAGGCCUCUGACUGGGUCGCCUGUGGGCUUUUCACUCCCACCCUUGUUUCACUCAAAACUUUAGGUUUAGGUGUGGAGAAUGUAAUGUCAUUGUGAUUGUUUGCUUCAUUUUCAUAAUGCUACCAUCAACUAAAUGUAUGUUUGAAGAUUGAAUUAGUAAUGAAGAAUAUCAUUUAGAUCA